UCAAGAGAACAACGCUGACUUCAGUAUAUGUCGGUUAUACAGUGGAGGAAUAUCAAAGGAUUGUCACCAAGGUCCAAGAGCAUAUAGGUAUGAAAUACAGCAUCACUCCCCGACGUUUUCUGAUUGCGUUUGCCAUAGGAAUACUAACAUACAUCCUCAUGUCGUACCACUGGGACAAUGAAACAAGAACCAGCUCGGUUUCACGAUUUGUGGGAGGACGACAUGCACUCCAGAACCGACCCAAUCACACGGAGACAGGGACUGCGAGAAAUGAGCAAACGGAGAUAUCGGGUACUUCAGAAAGGAUGACGUCACAGUGCACACAGCAACAACAGGAGACAGACACAGUAGAAGAUGACUUCAUCAAGAGACGGAAGCGAUACAUGAAUGCUUGCUCCUCAUCAAGUUCUGGUUCAGUUGAAGACAUUUUCGUACAUGAGCCGACUGGACUAGCUGUCUGUCAUACUCAGAAAGUCGGAUGCACAUUUUGGAAAAGAAUCAUGAGCUACCUGCUUCAGGAAACAGGGAAGCCGGUUAAAAGCCCAUACGAAAUUGACAGGUAUUAUAUCCAUCACAGUAAUAAGCCAAACCGAUUUCAACAUAGAUUCAGCGACCCACGACUAAAGACCAUGUUACCAAAUUUAACACGUGUAGCAUUUACACGUGAUCCUUAUACCCGACUGUGGUCGGCGUUUGUUGACAAAAUAAUAUUACCAGACUCCUGGAGCGAUCAUGGACGAGGUAUCUACAAACACCGAAAUCGUGGUAACGUGGAAUGUCCCUUAAACAUAACAUUUGAAGACUUUCUACACUAUGCAAUCUUCAAAAAACGCGAUGCGCACUGGGACCCACUCCACACCGUUUGUAACCCUUGUUUAAUGUUUCCCCAAUAUGUUGGAAAAAUGGAAACAUUUUCACGCGAUACGAAAUACCUUCUGAAUAAAGUUGGUCUUGGAUAUUUGGUGUCAAACAAAAGUCACCAGGACCACGUGGAAAACGAAAUGAGGAUGCUUAUUUCCUAUCACUUUGAACUGCAAUCAAGAAGAAACAUUAACAAGAAAUGUCUCACGACAACAGCUCUUACUGGGAGACUGUGGAGGGCCUUUCAGUUAAACGGAUACAUCUCACUUGAAGAAGAAUUUCCAGAGCCGAGAGUCAGGGCGCUAUUAGAUGGAUUAAGUAUUCCACAAGCCAGGGAUGAAAUCACGAGAUUGCUUGUCGACUAUCACCGAGAUGGUUCUACUUCCUGGAAAAAGGAAAGAAAAUCUGUUCUCGUAAAUGCAUUCAAACAAAUUCCUCUUGGUCUUCGUGAGGAAAUCAGCCAUAGAUAUAAACAUGAUUUUGAUCUAUAUGACUACGAACCAUAUCCAGCUGAAAUAUUCCCAGAGAGGUACCACUGAUGGAUCUGGGUUGACUGUACUUAUGUUGGGGGUGGGGUUCUUCCAAAUGUGGGGGAAGCGGAAUAUCAUUAAAUAGUGUGUGCAUGUAUGGGUGUCCUCCCAGGUUUGGGAAGGGGUAUAUCAUUACGAGUAGGUCGAGUGUGUGUGUGUUGUUCCAGUGAGGAGAAGGGGUAUAUCAGUAGAGUGUGGUUCGUCCUAUCAAUGAUAAAGGGUAUGUAAUUUGGUGUGGGUCCUCCCAGUAUGAAGGAAGGGGGAUAUCAGUAAGUAGUGUGUGUCCUCCCAGUGUAGAGGAAGGGGGAUAUCAGUAAGUAGUGUGUGUCUUCCCAGUGUAGAGGAAGGGGGAUAUCAGUAAGUAGUGUGUGUCUUCCCAGUAUGGAGGAAGGGGGAUAUCAGUCAGUAGUGUGUGUCUUCCCAGUGUGGAGGAAGGGGGAUAUCAGUAAGUAGUGUGUGUCCUCCCAGUGUAGAGGAGGGGGGAUAUCAGUAAGUAGUGUGUGUCCUCCCAGUAUGGAGGAAGGGGGAUAUCAGUAAGUAGUGUGUGUCCUCCCAGUAUGGAGGAAGGGGGAUAUCAGUAAGUAGUGUGUGUCCUCCCAGUAUGGAGGAAAGGGGAUAUCAGUAAGUAGUGUGUGUCCUCCCAGUAUGGAGGAAGGGGGAUAUCAGUAAGUAGUGUGUGUCUUCCCAGUAUGGAGGAAAGGGGAUAUCAGUAAGUAGUGUGUGUCUUCCCAGUAUGGAGGAAAGGGGAUAUCAGUAAGUAGUGUGUGUCCUCCCAGUAUGGAGGAAAGGGGAUAUCAGUAAGUAGUGUGUGUCUUCCCAGUAUGGAGGAAGGGGGAUAUCAGUAAGUAGCGUGUGUCUUCCCAGUAUGGAGGAAGGGGGAUAUCAGUAAGUAGCGUGUGUCUUCCCAGUAUGGAGGAAGGGGGAUAUCAGUAAGUAGUGUGUGUCCUCCCAGUGUAGAGGAAGGGGGAUAUCAGUAAGUAGUGUGUGUCUUCCCAGUAUGGAGGAAGGGGGAUAUCAUUAAGUAGUGUGUGUCCUCCCAGUAUGGAGGAAGGGGGAUAUCAGUAAGUAGUGUGUGUCCUCCCAGUAUGGAGGAAGGGGGAUAUCAGUCAGUAGUGUGUGUCCUCCCAGUAUGGAGGAAGGGGGAUAUCAGUCAGUAGUGUGUGUCCUCCCAGUAUGGAGGAAGGGGGAUAUCAGUCAGUAGUGUGUGUCCUCCCAGUAUGGAGGAAGGGGGAUAUCAGUCAGUAGUGUGUGUCCUCCCAGUAUGGAGGAAGGGGGAUAUCAUUAAGUAGUGUGUGUCCUCCCAGUAUGGAGGAAGGGGGAUAUCAGUAAGUAGUGUGUGUCCUCCCAGUGUAGAGGAAGGGGGAUAUCAGUCAGUAGUGUAUGUCUUCCCAGUAUGGAGGAAGGGGGAUAUCAGUAAGUAGUGUGUGUCCUCCCAGUGUAGAGGAAGGGGGAUAUCAGUAAGUAGUGUGUGUCCUCCCAGUAUGGAGGAAGGGGGAUAUCAGUCAGUAGUGUGUGUCCUCCCAGUAUGGAGGAAGGGGGAUAUCAGUAAGUAGUGUGUGUCUUCCCAGUAUGGAGGAAGGGGGAUAUCAGUAAGUAGUGUGUGUCUUCCCAGUAUGGAGGAAGGGGGAUAUCAGUCAGUAGUGUGUGUCCUCCCAGUAUGGAGGAAGGGGGAUAUCAGUAAGUAGUGUGUGUCUUCCCAGUGUAGAGGAAGGGGGAUAUCAGUAAGUAGUGUGUGUCCUCCCAGUGUAGAGGAAGGGGGAUAUCAGUCAGUAGUGUGUGUCCUCCCAGUAUGGAGGAAGGGGGAUAUCAGUCAGUAGUGUGUGUCCUCCGAAUAUGGAGGAAGGGGGAU